UAAUGGUCCCUUGGGUUAGUAAGAUAUUAAUAGAUGAAGAUUUAUUUUUUUAAGUUAUUUAAUUGAAUUGUGCCGGUAAAAAAAUUAAUAUAUACGUAAAUAUGCAAAGUUUGAGAAGCGAAGGUAAAGCGGACGAUGCAAAAUUCAUAACAAUAAAUUCCAAACAGUGCAAACUGCAGUGUUCGGCUGGCUGUCGUCUAAUAACAACAUAUAGAUGCAUACGACGGGGGCUAUAACUUUAUUAUAAUAAUGGCAUAUUGGACUCUUGUGAUAUUCGCUUUCUGCUAUGUUGGAAUUUCCGCUUUGUCUGGAAAAGGCUAUUACUGUAGAGAUCCUGACACAGGCAAAUUGUACCCAGUUAAUAGUACAUGGCCAUCUACAACAUUUUGUGGAAAUUAUUCUUGUAAGCUUAGAAAAAAAGACACAGUAAAACCCGUUAUACCAUUAAGAGAAAUAAUGAUAGAUUCAAUAGCAAAAAAAACUCAAGCCAGGAAAUCAGAUGAAAGCGGCAUCCAAACAGAACAGAAAAAAUCUCCUAACACACCAAAUAUUACUACAGUAAAUCCAACAUUAUUUACAGAAUUAUCAACUAAACAAUCUACAUUCAGUACAAAAAAUGAUAUUAAUUUACAAAAAAUAGAAUCCAAUGAUAAAGAAAUGGAAUCAAUAUCUUCUAAACCGACUGACAGAUAUUUAACAGAAAGUGAAAUAAAAACAAUUACUCAUAUAUUGCACAGUGUCAAAAAGAGUGAUUUAGAAGCAAUAGUUGACAUUUACAACUUAGCACAAGACAUUUAUAAGGAAAUGGAUAAAAUAACAUCUGAGAAUAUAAUUGAUGAAACACUAAAAGCAGCAAAAACUAAACAGAAGGAAAGUAGUGGCAAAAGUUACUGGUAUGAACCAUUAAAUCGUUUAAACAAAGCAGGAUCCGGUAGUGAUAUGGAGUCUCAAGGAACCAAUUUGUAUCCUACAGUAACUGAAAGAUCUACAAUGGAUCCAAAUUCUUAUUUUCAAGGUGUUUUGUCUAAGUCCGAUUUUGGAGCUGUGCCUUAUCAUUACCCAAUAUCAAAUUUUCAAAGAGAAAACUCUUACAUGCAUGUCACCCGCAGCCCUCUAGUAAAUUCGGUAAGAUAUGAACAGACUCCAUGUCGUCAAAGCAUGCAGUAUCCAAAUUACCCGGUUACCGAUCCGUCAAAAGCUUAUCAACCACCUGUCACUUCUUACUAUCAAUAUCAACCUUCAAAAUUGUACAAUAGCGUUGUAAAAAAUGCAUAUCCAGUUGAAACUCAAAAAGUAAUACAACCUUCUAUGUUACUUCCUUAUCCAUUUUCUUACAUUCAACAUUACAAUAUGAGUACUUAUCCAUAUAAUUUAUACUACGACGGUUCACCGUGGUCAUAUUUUAACAUUAAUAAUAAAAAAAAUGACAACAAUGAAAAAUAUUUCAAAGCUAAUUUGCAUGAAGCACCGAAGAAUACGUAUGAUAUCAAAAUAGAAUCAGAACCUUAUCAAACUUACAAGGAAAGUGAAUUGAAUCAAAAUACAGAAAUCAAAAGAUACACAAGUAACAAAGAAAGAGAAACCCACAAAAAUGAUGAAUUAGAACCUCAUAAAGACGAUAACGCAAAUAUGCAAAACGGGCAAAUAAAAACAAAAUUGAUGGAUACUUUAUUUGAGCAAGCUAAACUAGCGCGCAAGAAUAAGCCGGAAUGGCAAACGGAUCCCCUUACGAGUAACGUUUUAGAAGAAAUUAAAGCACAUUUCGAUGAAAAAGCAAAACUACUGAAACCGUUCUCGUUAAGAAAAAAAGCUAAGUUAGAAAGAGUUGGCAAAGUAUUAAAACUUGAUGAUCUCAACAGAGAUAAACGUGAUGCUGAUAAUUUAAAUAGAACAGAAAUUGAAUUCGAUGAAGACCUUGAGGUGUAUGUAGAGAAAACCACAUGUCCAUCGCAGACUGAUCUUGGUUUCUACAAAAUCGGUAAUCUAACGCAACCUUACCCUGCAUGCUGUCCACGACGAAUAGAAACUAAUGAAAAAGAUUAAUUAAUAAAUAAUAACUUCCUAAUUAACU